AUGGAAUCCUUGCGCUUGGAGUUGGAGCUGCCAGCCAGGCAUGACUUAUACUCGACAUUCAAGGGAGACAGCUAUUCUGAGCCCAUUCCUGCAUCUGCAGUACUAAAGCUCAAAUCCAACGAGGGAGAAGAGCUGUCUGAACCGAAUAAAAUCCGCAUCUGUCUUGUACAAAACCUUUCGACAAAGGACGAAAACCACAAUAAUGACAACACGCAUAUCAUGAGCCGCUUCUGCUGCCAAUUUUUAUCGAAAGCUCCACCGAGAUAUUCAUUGACCACACGAUCUUGUUCAAUCAUUGAAAGCCUGACUCUGCGAGUCCCUCCUGUUCCCACAAAUCGCCAGGUAUUCGACAAGAAAUUCAAAUUUCCCUUCUAUAUGCCUGUUGUCGCCAAUAUCCCGGGCACGACAAAAACGGAACUUGGGGAUAUAACAUACCAUGUGGUCGCCUUUAUGACCGCCAAAAGUGGGACCUCAUUUUGUGCGAGUCAAGAGAUCUCGAUUUCUCGUCGCAUAUUGCCCGAACACAAUUCCAUCCAGCAUACCCGUCUCUACCCCAAGCCAAGUGCGAUAGCAAAAAUUCAUCUCUCACAAAAUAUCACUGAAAGCACGGGUUCAACGAUUGCUAUUACCGCAAAAUUAUUUCCUCGUGGACAGCCCAUACCUGCCGAACGCUCUACAGAAAUCAAAUUUGUGGCGAUACGUGAGAUGAGAUGGCGCAUUGAGGAAGUGACGUCGCUUUUGGAUGGAUCACGUCAAAUAAGUCAGCCAGCAUUUCAAGUUCAAACAGAAUCUGAGGCUAUGGAAGAACAGUCCUCUACUCGUGUGAUAUCUAGCGGGUCCCAGAGAGGCUAUUGGGGGACACCGAACAAUCCCCUUACGAAAGCCUCGCAGCAAAUUAAUCUUUCUUUCAUCGACAUUGACUUCAAUGUCAAUCUUCCUCGUAAGGAAGGCUUCUCAUCGGGCAUUGGCCUUCCCUCACAUGGCUUCGAUGUUCCAUCUCCAGACACCCUUCCAUCGCCACUGCAAGAGCUCUUUCCUUCUUCAGCGAAAGGCAAGACAAUGAUGACGGUUGAACACCGGCUGAAGCUUGAUGUGCUGACGAACGAAGAUACAUUUCAUAUCAAAAACGAGAAAUUGGUGGACCGCAAACCUCUGCUGGUUGCGAUAAAUGCAUCUUUCCCGCUCAGUGUAUUCGAGAUGGCGGAAGUUGGCGUCCAGGAUAUGAUGUGCCAAGGCAACCUACCAUGCUACCAGGAUGUGGCUAAAUCUCCCCCACGAUAUGAGAUCUGA